GCCCAUAACCGUAAACAAAACGUGAUUUUAACCCGAUAUUAACUCUUAAACAACACGCGCGGGCCUUUAUUUAUGAGUUCUUAUAUUCAGAGAAGUGUUUUAACUGUAAAGAGAACGUUUAAACAAUUCAAAACAAAAGUUUUCUCAAGUUUUGUUUAUAGUUUUGCCAGUGAAAACCCGACCGAGUUUAAAAGUGUCGUGUUUUAACAAGGAACCGCAGGCCGCGUGGGUUCUCUUUAUUUGUCAGGGUUAUAUUUUUGACAGCGCGGCCGAGCAGUCGUUCGGUAGAUGUAUAGUGGGGUGUUCGUGUCAGUUUUUCCGCGGCCGUAAAACUUUUGUGUUGUCGAAAAUACUGUAAAAAUAUUGUUCGAACAAAUUAAAAAUCGGACAGUUAGUAAGAAGGAGUGUUUCAGUGCUUGUAAUGUAAGUUUUUGUGUGUUCUAAAGUGUAUUACGGUGCAUUCUUCGGUGAUUCAUCUUGUGAACAAGAAAAUGCUGUUUGUGUCAUAGAUAUACAUGUAUUGGGCUAAGUUAAGUGUACCUUGUAAGGAAUGUGUUUUGUGGUGAUUUUUGACUUCAUAUCGCCUGUUUUGCUGUUGUAAUAAGGUACGCUAGAUGGUCCGAUACAAGUUUUUGGUUUCAAUUUUUCGUUCGUCGUGAGACGACUGACUUCACGCUUUUAAGAUGAAAAUGGUCUGCACCCGUUGAAGUUUCGGGAAAACAUUGAGAUGAAAAACCUUUGCAGUAAAGAAACAUCGGCAAGACAUUGAGGUCAUCAUCGGACACUGCACUAGAUGUUCCUAUAAAAUAAAAUUCAAGGGAGAAACAAAAUGGCCGGGGUCGCGCUUCGAUUCAGUAUAGUUGCUUUAAGCAUGAGGCUUCUGUUGGUGACCGCAGACUUCACAGCCAACUGUCCAGUGGAUUGCAAAUGCGUAUGGGCCAGCGGAAAUAAACAAGCGGAUUGCUCCCACUCCGAAUUCCACGAUAUACCGAAAACUUUAAGCACAGACAUACAAAACUUAGACCUAACAGGCAACGGCCUUUACGAAAUCACGAGGCGCGCUUUCGAAGACGUCCAAUUAAUCAAUCUGAAGAAACUGAUACUCAGAGAAUGCAAAUUGAUAACGAUACACAAAAACGGACUGAGCGGCCUCGCGAUUAUGAUCGAACUCGAUUUGUCGAAAAACGACCUUAAAAUGUUACACCCCGAAACGUUUAAGGAAACAGCCAAAAUAAGGUGGAUUUUGCUCAACGAUAAUCAAAUCGAGAAGCUAGAGGACGGCUUAUUUAACAAUUUGCCCUUCCUACAAAAAGUCGAGUUGAGCAACAACCACAUAGUACAACUCGGGGUGAAAACCUUUAUGAAUGUGCCAAAGUUAAAUAUAUUAAGACUCGACGGUAACAAGUUGGAGCACCUCAAGAUAGACACACUGAGCGCUUUGACAUCUUUAUCUAAUUUGGACGUUCAUGACAAUCCUUGGAGAUGUGACUGCUUUUUGCAGCCUUUUAGGAAUUGGGUGAUCAGCAAAAAUCUCUACACAUCGCCGAUAUCCUGCAGUGAACCGGCCAAAGUUCACGGUAAACUGUGGAAAGAGUUGGACUCCAGUGACUUUGCUUGCAGGCCGAGCAUCGUUUACCCUUCCACUAGAACCACGUUGCGGUCAUCUGACCCAAAUGUCACUUUAUCCUGCCAAGUUAACGGAAAUCCUUUACCAGAAGUGAAUUGGGUGUUGAAUGCCCAAAUAAUAGAUGGAACUCACAAAUAUCAAGGCGAUAUUAAAUAUUAUGUAACCCAGAGUAAUUCGGAGAACAGUAAAUGGAUUAAUUUGACCAUCGUAGAUGCGGAUAGUGACGAUAACGGUGAAUACCUUUGUGUAGCUAAGAACGCUGGUGGAGUCGAAGAAAGAAGUCUAACAUUAGCUAUCGCUCAUACCCCGCCUGGAAUUGAUGUGCCGCCUGGGAUGGACAAUAACAUGCUACCAGUUUUAAUAGGAGUAUCAUGUGCAGCUGCUAUAUUACUCAUAAUCUUAGUCAUCCUUUGCUAUUACUGCUGUAGAAGACGUGGAUCGGAGAAAAAGAAAGCAGAUAAUUCAAACGGAGAGGCAUUGAUCGAAGGGUCGGUUAUACCGGAGAUGGAGAAGAGUUUGAUAACGGCAGUGAAUCCAGUGACGAAACCACCGCGCAGAUACGACGCUCCCCCUUCCAUCAUGAGUGGAGCAACGGAAAUGUCAGAGCUCAAUAAAACGUUGCUCGAUAAUGAUUCAGUUUUUGCGCACAAUGACGAUGAAAAAAGGUCGAUUGGAUUCGAUUUACAAACGCAGCGGUCGCAGGACGCCCUCAACGCUGACUACGGGCGUACAGACGGCCGAGCGUAUCCACCUGAUCUGCUAUCAUUCCCAGCGAGAGCUGCGCAAAUAUCACCUGCAGCAAGCAACGCUUCUACUGUUCCCGAUACAAGCAGACUCCAAAUCAAUCCAGUCAGCCCAAUCCAUUCGCCUAUUUAUGGGAUGACUACCAAUCAAAACCUAUUUAGAACUCUACCCUACUCGCGAUCUCAGUCGCCAUUCACGGCGCCGAUCACACCACCCGUUGUCACACCGAGACAAGGAUACGUAACAAUACCGAGAAGACCCAGAGUGCCCUCCUGGUCCAGCACAGCCAGCACUGCGAUACUUCCUAGUGCUGAAGCACAAGAACCUUUAUACGACAACUUGGGUUUAAGGACAACCGCAGAUGGCAGCUCAGUACUCUCACUAAACAAGGCGGGAUUGGAACAACAGUUUUCACCUAUGAGGAAUAGACCAUUGCCAGCGACGCCCACAGCAGCUUAUCCUCCACACCCAGUUUACUAUGCUCCUAUUGAAGAGCAGGAGCCUGCGCCGUCACCUGUGCCGCCUCCGUUCACACCAACUAGAAACAGCAUCAGCUCACAAAUAUCCAACCAGAUGUCUACACCUGGUCCACAAGAACCAAUUAACCCCAGAAUGAGCUGGACAGCGAAAAGUACAUCAACCCCUCAACCAGAACCAAGAAAACAAUUGGCUAAUAUUAUGGACAACAGGAAUGGAGAUGCACAGUCCCAGAUUUCUGAAAAUAGCACCUUAAGUCGUAGAGGAAAACCAGAGACAGGCUCACUGAGGCGAAACCCCAGAAGUGACGGCAACGAAGUUAGUUCCCCAUCCAAAGAGGAUCCAAGGAAAAACGAAAGUAACGUGUCUUUGAAUCAAUCAGGUACUAUGGGACGAAGUGGUAAAAUCCCACCUAGACCACCCCCUAAACCGAAGAAAAAGCCUAGUACCGAAGUAAGCGCCACCGAACCCCUGUUUGAAGACGAAGGUGAAGAUGGAACGGAAGUGUAGCAAUAUCCCCAUGAGGUCAUUGACACCAAUGUACCUAACGAACAAAGUGCCAACGAGCUUGUAGUGACCACGUCACAGUGAAGUGAUAUCAGUGAACGAUGUAAAGUGCAAUCGGAUUGUUAUUUUGCGGUGCUCGUGUAAAUAACUUGUGCUAGAUUUUUUACUAUAAAACAAGUACAUUAUGGACCAUUUCGCAAUCUUAAUAUAAGUAUACUGUUAGAAUAGGAAGCCAUGAUUAAGUUUUAAAAUAUGAUUGCUGAGACUGCAGACUGCAAACAUUAACCGCAGACAACAACAACUUAUGUCGCGGUCUGCAAACUGUACACAGUGCGUUACAUAAUUAUUUUAAGUAUUUAUUCUUCGUCAUAAUGCUAGGAUGGUAGACUACUGUUCGUUCGCCGAUAGUGAAGGCAUCUGUUCAUCGAUUUUCAAGACUGAUUAUUCUAAAUUUGUUCUCGCGUUCGACAUUCCUAUAUCGCAUUAAUUCCACGACACUUACAUUUGACACAUUUCCAAUUACAGUUGAUUGCACACUGUCUCUAGAGACGUUCAUGAAAAAAUUACAAAAUAAUAAAAAUGUGUUUAGUAAAAACUAAAAAUGGACUGGAUGAAUAAAAAAAUAUUAAAAUCGUAAAAUAAAAAUAGUAAACAAUAUUAAAAUUGUAAAUUGUGCCAAUAAAGGAAAAAUCAAAGAUACUUACUUAUGGUCAAUGGUGAUUAUUUAUCUUUACUUAUGUAGAUAAAUAUGCUGCUUUAACUUAUAAGUAACAGCACAGGUUUCCCAGUUUUGAAUACUUCAACUUUGCCAAGCAAUUAUCAUCAGAUUAAAAAAAUGGUUGUUCUUGUUACAGCAUAAUGUUAAAUACUGGGGUUAUUAUAAAUUCUAGAAUAUUUUUUUUGAAAUCGACUCUUUCGGCAGUGUGCGAUAAACAAAACAGAUUUUAUUGAAUCUACUAACGUUUUGAUUAUACCAGAGGGUCAGAAAGGGUUGGAAAGGGUUGGCUUUUCGACUAUUGAUCGUGUCAAUAGUUUCUAUAAAGCGUUUAUUGGAAUCGGCUCUCUCAUCUGCAAAUAUAUUCACGCCUAUUGCACUUAAGGACUUGAAUGUAAUUACAUUUGUGAAUUAAACGCAUAUUAUUCACCUAGCGUGGUAAUUUAUUAAUGUGUUUCAUAAAUGUAUGUCAACAUCAGAAUAUGUUUCAUGUUAAUAUUAGUUCAAAAUGGUAAACCGUAUAAGGGACCUAUCUUCUCUUUAAUGAAAUAUAAUAAUAUUCUCUCGAAUAUUAUUGGGGUAUUAUCUGGCUUUGAUCACAGAAAUCUACAUAAUAUUAUAAAGUAAUAGUAAAUUACAUACGGAAGUCUCAUUGUUAGUUUCGCAAAUCUUUUUAAAUUAAUUAUUUUAUAAAAUGUUCAUGCAGCAAAUGUUCAUUCAGCAAAUGUUCACGCAGCAAUAUUUAUACACUUACUGUUUUUUUCAAGAAUUUUUGUCUUAAGUAAAUAAGAGAUAUUAUAUGUUUUUUGACGUUUUUCAAGCUUAUUAUUUUAAUCGUUAAUUUAAUUUCGGAAUUCGAUAAGAUAGACAAGUUCGGAUUUAAUGAUAAUGUUCAUGAAGUUGUUAAAACUAUACUAUUUUUGCGUACUAUAUAUAUUUCUUCAACAGUAUAUAGUACGCAGACCCGAAAUAUAGUACAAUACUAUAUAUUAUAGUAUGAUUGGCAACCCUAGAUCAUGUUGACGAAUAGUUGUCACAUCGGGGUUAACUUUUCAAUAAUACAUGAAACGGAUGAGGCAAACUUGAUUCUUGAACAUAUUAUUUAGAUUUCUCUACUCUAGCUAAUUCUGAUUUUGAUUUUUGAUUCAAUGUCCAAAAAGUGCAAUAAGCGUGACAAUUAUCAUCAUCUCUACUAAAAUAUUUAACUUCUCUUCUCUAAGUUAACAUAAUUUUAGUUGUUAUUUCGUCUUAAGACUGUUUAUUUUAUACCCAACCAAGAUUAAUGAUUUGAAAUGAAUAUAAUGACACUUUAUUUACUUAAUGUACUUUUGUGAACUUUUCUAUUUUAGGUAAACUUCAUUUUUGUACUUCAAAGCUGUUAGAGAAUGGUAUUCUGUCACUUUAGCGAUUUUAGUGUGAUAUUUAUAUUCACCACAAACCACCGCAUAUAUUUUAGUUACACAUAGACAACUAUUUCAUGCUUCAAAAAGUUCCCUUUAUUUUUUUUUUACAAAUUCGAUUGUUGCUUCGACAGACGUAUUACAAUGAAAGUGCUGCUGCAAUCUUUAAUAAUGAAUUAUGAGAUUAUUUUCCACCAAUCGAUAGUACUAUGAAUUGUAUAUUUUCCAUUGUGAAUAAGGAAAUAUAGUUCCUAAAGUUAUAUCGCUGUACAUUUUAGUCGGUUUGCACCAAGUUGUCAUUGAAAUUAUAUACAAGAAAUACAAUAAAAUGUACAUAGGUCCCAUCAGAUUUGUUUUGUGGAUAGUAAUUUAAAUAAAUAACUAAAUAAGGACAGAUUAUAAAAAAAAAUAAUCCCGAAGUAUUGUAUAAUCGGAUGCAAUCUUCAUGACGUCUCGGAAAUUAGCUCAACAAGCAGCGCGCGCGGGGUGCUGCCCUGCCUCCGCGCUGUGUUGCCGCUGAUACCUAAAAUCUUGUAUUGCGCAUCUUAACGCACGUUGUUCUGAAACGUCAGAUAGUUUGCAUGCUAUUAUAAAGUUUUACGUUUGGAAGUCUAUUUGGCUUUGGAUGGUGGUAAGGUUUCUAGACAAGCAUUUUUAAAGCGGACAGUUGCAGGCAGAUAGAACCACAGAACAUUAAUUGCUUUAGCUACGCUUACACCUGAACAAACCUUCAGUUUAUACAAUCAAACGGGAACCUUACCAAGAUCGAAAGUCAAACGGACUACCCACAAUAGAUUGAUUAUAACAAAAGAUGAAAUAUUGUGAGUCAUAUAAAUUAUUUUUUAAAUUUUUGGUGCAUAUCAUUUUACACUAGUGACACUAUUUAUGUUUUUUGUAACAUUGUAAGUUGCUGGUGCUUUUUUUUUUACACGUUUUAAUGUUAUUUAAUGAUUUUUUUUUAUUCCAAUGUACUUUAGCGUACGAAGUGAAUCGCCGUGUAUAUUAUAUUUUUUAUUUCGUGUACGUGCUAUUUUAGUUUUUAAGUAUAUAAAGGAAUAGGUGCGUUUAUUGCUGCACAAUUUUGUACGGAGCUAACUACCUCCAUUUGGACGUAAAAAAAGCUGUAAUGCCUUACGACCUUUGAUGGUAAUUUAAACUUUGAGUUUACCUUUUUGCAUUAUUAAUUAUGCAAUGUACUGAUUUUUUAGUUGGCGUUUGUAUGUAUGUUAUAUUUUGAAAAGUUCAACUGAAUGAUGAAUUUAAUUUGGCACUUCUCUAUAAAAAUGAAAUUAAUUAGUGCUGUGUUCGAAAAGUCGUACAAAAAUGCAUAUAAAACGUUGUACUUGAUAUCAAAAAGUAUUUUAUUUUAAGUUUAUACAGCUAUGGCAACUAAGCGUCGAUAAUUUAUAGGCCGUACAGACGACUUUAGUAUUUUAGUCGAGUAGGUACGAACAAUUUUUGGAUUUACCGCCCAAAAAUCGUUCGUACUCGACUUAAAAACUAAAUUAGUCCGAACUAGGCCUUAAGGACGAAUAGAAUAAAACAAAUCGUAUGAACAACUAGUGAAAAUUAUAUCUAAUUAAUAUAAUAUCGUCUGCCAAGAGAGCUAAGUCGCCGAUUACCAACUAGACAAUGUACCUAUGUCUAAAAAUAAUUCCAAAAAUCGUUUUUGUAUAAUGUAUGUGUAACAUUGGAAUUAAAAGGAUGUUUUUUCCGCACUGCAUCCGAUAUGAAUUUGAGACAGUAAAUCUAGAAUACUUGAAUCGAUUCCGGUGGUCGUAUUUACAUUUCACUGGUAUUGUAGAAUGUUGUAAGUGUAUUCUUGAGACUUUCGAUUCGGUUUGAGACUCAGCGUUCAUACAAGUAAUAUUAAAGUUAAUGAACAACGCUCAACAUUUCAGAUAUUCUCGGUUCGGGUGCAGUGUGAAGUUAGCCAUACACAAAACUGAUUUAAGGCCAAGUUACACGAGGAUACUUUCUUGAAUGCGAGCAACAGUUUCUUCUAAGGCAUUAAAUUUAUUCGCAUUCUUCUGGUGUAAGUGGGCCUUGAUGAGUUGAAGCCAGCCAUUACAGAUAUAGAGGGUGAUGUGUGAAGACACUAUUUAUUUACAUUGUGUACAUAUGCGGUCAAUUUGUUAUACGUUCUACCAAUUACAAGACUGCAUCUGAUUUGUCGUUUCAACGCGUUCUAUGAAUAGUUGAACGCAACUUCAAUAAAUAUGAACGUUCUAGUGUGGCUUAAAGGUUAAAGCUCAUAAGAAACUAAUGCACUGCCUCACAGUUCGCCUCGCUAACUUGCGAGCAAUAAGUUAAAGAUGCUACGAGUAUGAAGUUUGUAAUGAGCGUCAAAGAAAACUACAUAAAAUACUUACAGCUUAAGGUUACUGAGACUAUAACGACCAUGAUUUGUCAAUUUAACAUGCCAAUACUAGAGUAGUAUAAAUGUAACACAGUUUAGCAAAUGUACAGUUGUUAUCAUUACCAUUAACGUACCAAUUUGAUGCUUACACAUAUCAAAACAUACUCCCAUUCUCGAAUUUGAUUCCAAACUACAUCGUUAAAACCGUAUUACAGCUUUAUAUCGUCAUAGCUUUUAGUGUAAGAUUAACCCAUUAUAGAGCUAUUAUCUUUCUUAUGUGAAAAUAAUAUUUUGUAUAUUUUAUAGUGUUGUUACUAUAUACGAUAGGCAUAGUAUAAAGUCGAUUUAUUUGAUAAAAUUAAUCAAUAUUUCGUUUAAAUUAUUUUUUUAUGAAAUUAAUCAGGUAAUCGUACACUUAUGACAAAAAAGUAUGUUUUAUUGUAAAUUUUUUUGUUACAAAGGGACUUAUAUGAAAUUGUUGGAGUUUGUAUCACUUAAAAUCUCGGGUGGUUUUUCUGUGUAAACAUGUAAUCCAACUGUAUAACUGCUAAACUGUGAUAACGUUAAGAAAUACAAUGGAAAAUUGAGAAAACUGACUGAGUAAUAAAAGAUAAUGAGUUUCAACCCUUUAAAUGAGGUAAAGGCUGCAUCAUUAAAACUUAGUAAGUGAUUUUUGUUGCUUCAAAAUUUGAAAGUUAUAUAAUAAAUCUAAAUACGAAUAGGUACAAAAAAGUUACAAUAUUAAAAUUACCCGCUCAAAAUUUUACGCACAAAAAUUUAAACUACUUUAAUUUUUGAAUAAAUUUAAAUUGUUAGUUAAUAAUUUUAAAAUUGUCACUUGGUAAAAUAGCACAUAAGUUCGAUAAAGUCAAGCACAUUCAUUAUCAUCUUUAUCAUUAUCAGCCGAUGGACGUCCACUGCUGGACAUAGGCCUCUUGCAUGGACUUCCAAACAACCCGUUUAAUGUCCUCGAUCUACCUAGUGGGGGGUCGAUCAACACUGCGCUUUCUUGUGGUUGUUCGUCGUUCCAGCACCUUGGGAUCCCAACGUCCAUCGGCUCUUCAAACUGUGCCUGCCCUUUGCCACUUCAACUUCGUGACUUGCUGCGUUAUGUCUGUAACUUUGGUUAUUCUGCGGAUCUCCUCAUUACUGAUUUGAUCUCGUAGAACAUCCAAGCAUAGUUCGCACCAUCGCUUGCUGAGUGAUUGAGACUUCGUAUGAAGGCAAUAGUCAUAUAAUGCGUAGAAAAAAUUAAAUUGUCACUUACUAGGUUUUACUUUUUGGCAGCUGGUUUUAAAUGAAAUGUUUAUGACUUGAGAUUUUGAAAAAUGUUUGCCAUCGCAUAAAAACAAACUUAUUUUACACGUUACGUUAUUUUGCGUAUUAUUUUGAAAAUUUUGCGAAACGUAUAACAAUACUUUUUACCCGAUUUCUGUUGCGGUAUUUCUAUAUUGAUGUUUUAUUUAAUGGGAUGCACGUACGGACGGUUUUUACAAUGUUUUUACUGUAGACAUUCAUUUUUAUAUAGGUUUAAGCGCUACAUGUACAUAAAAUGAAACAUUAUUAUUAAAAAAACUGAUUAAAGCUAUAUUUCAGUA